UCUCCUACCCCACCUGUCAGUUAUCUGGUUCGUUCAUCUCCGAUUCCACCGCAACCUCAAUCUGCGCCGCCGCCAUGCGCCUCGGCCGACGGGCGAUCUUCCCCCUCGUCCGCACCACCACCACCACCACGACGUCGGCCGCGUCUUCACGCCCGGCCGUGCUGAGUGUCGGCCACGCGCUGCGCGAGCGGCGGCGCUUCACGGAGGCGGACGUGGCGGCGUACGCGGCGGUCAGCGGCGACCGCAACCUGGUGCACCUCGAUGACGCCGUCGCCCGGGAGCUGGGCGGGUUCGAGCGCGGCCGCGUCGUGCACGGGAUGCUCGUGGCCUCCCUCUUCCCUUCCAUCAUCGCCGCCCGCUUCCCUGGCGCGGUGUACGCGAGCCAGACCCUCAAGUUUGCCGCGCCGGUGUACGUCGGAGAUGAGGUGGUCGCCCGAGUUCAGGCACUCCACAUCAGGACCACGACCGCGGCGAACAGCUCCACGGCAAGCCGAUACGUCAGCGUCAAGUUCGCUACCAAAUGCUUCACAGACGAAGAGGAGGGCUCUCUUGCGAUCGAAGGGGAAGCCAUGGCUGUUCUGCCCACACUGGAGCUCAGCUCUCAGUCAACUACUAACUAGUAAUAAAAAGAUGGAAUAAUGCUGACGGUUCAGGACCCGGGUCCCCCGCGGGCUCACUUCUCGUUGAUCGGCCCAAGGCCGCGCCUGAAACAAGCGUCCGUCUGCAUGAGGCAGCAACUUCAUUUGGGCUGUCUAUGAUGGGAAUGAGUCUCUGUACUUGGUCUUUGUGGGCAGGGUGUUUCUCUCAGCAUUUCUCAGCAUCUUGGACUGCUUUAGAGCAGCUAGGACAGCAGCAUCUUGACUGCUUUUAGGACAGCAUCUAGUUUGGCAUCUUAGACUAGCAACUAGCAUAUCCUUGGCUGGCUAGCAGCCUAUAAAUAUGUAUCCCCAACACCCUAGAGGGUAUGGCAUUGUGGUAGAAUUUGAGAAGUAAACCCAGAAAAAAUUCCCAACUCCUAGUGUCAUCUUCACUCUCAAUGAGAGUGAAAAUUCUGCUACUAACAAGUGGUAUCAGGGCCGUACUAUCCUGUAGCCUAAGCAUCUCCUGCUUAUCCCCUUCCAUAGCCUCGCAGCAGCCCCUGCCAGCAGCAGAAGCGGCAGCAGCAGCAGUUCCGGCUGCUCCUGCUCAACCCCCUUCCUCUGUACAGACAAGCAGCAGCUUGUCUGAUGGAGGAUCCACACCACGCAGCA